CUUACCUCAAGCCUCGACUCGGACAGCGUUCAAAUGAACUCGGUAUACACUCAUGCGGCGCGUUCGCGUGUAUAGGCCGGAGUGCACAACAUGUGCCAGGCACAUGCCAUCAACAAAGCGUCGGAUAAGCGGAUACGCGGAUAUGUGGCUGAGAUUCAACGCUUGGGUCCAUGAGCGGAAGCAAAGUCACGGUCAAAGCACUUACAUCCGAAGGUAUAUAGCUGACCUUGGUUCAAUGCACCAGCUAAGCCCCUCACUCUGAUCCUUGUGGUGGCUCCCUUACUCACGACCCUUCACGACAUUUUAUGGAUACAGCUGAUGGUGUUGACAUUGGUCCCCACUUGGGGGCAUUUAUCCUCGGGAUAUGGCUGAACACCCUGUUAUACGGAGUAGUCGUUUCUGGCUACUACCAUUACGCCUUCCAUUCGCAAAAGGACCCCUGGCCACUACGGUUGUUUAUUGUAUUUUUAUUUGUAGCGGACACUGCGCAGACCGGCCUGUCUGUUGUGUAUGCGUACACGGGUUUGGUGACGCACUUCGGAGGCUCACAUUACCUUUCUACCCCUGGAAUAGUGUCCACAUCGCUGCCUGCAAUCACGGGUAUCAUCUCCUGUUCCGUUGAGCUCUUCUUCACAUACCGCGUCUACGCAAUCAGCCACUCGAUAUGGCUUUCUGCGUUCAUUCCCGUUCUGGCUGUCGCAUCGAUGUUAUGCGCAAUUGGUUCGGUUAUUGCGAUCCGCUGGCCGGGCAUGAGCGGAAUUGAGUCUCUGCAGAGACCGGUUGCCAAAGGCCUAGUGUCGACGUGGCUGGUAACGGGCGUAGUGGCGGACAUCCUGAUCACUGUGUCGCUCGUGUGGCAUCUCCAUCGCAGAAAGUCAGGAUUCUCGAGCACAGACUCGCUCGUGAACCAGAUCAUACGACUGACCGUCCAAACGGGUGUCCUCACUACAACAUGGGCUAUACUCGAUUUAGCACUCUACCUCGCCUCCCCUCGUGCAACUCACCUCUUCUUCAAUAUCUCGCUGGCCAAACUGUACACGAUCCUCCUGAUAUCAAGUCUCAACCACCGCGGCACGUGGGAGACCCCGUCGUCGAACCAGUUGGCGGAUUCCUGCCAUUCAUGGGGCGUCGAGAGCAGGCCAGCCACGGAGACCCAGAGUGCGUACACGCAUGCCUCGUUUGUCUAAAGGAAUAUCCAGCCCAGAUUGUAGCGCCGGUCGCGACAGCGGCUUGUUGUCACAAGUCUGGUUGAAUUAUCGUUUCCUUCUCGAUGGGAUCAGUUACGUGUUUGUUUGACCCUCCUGUUGUUUCUGUCCGGAGAC